AAGAAAUGUCAUAUUUCCUUCCUUUCCCUCGAUUCUUCCUUCCUUAUAAAUUGCAAAUCUUUCCUUUCGUGGUUGCAGUUGCAUCAUCUGGGUAGUACUAACUGCCGUCCAUUCGCUCGUUCUCGCUUCCUGCAUCCGAUCCCUUACCCGGCUUUCUUGUUACACUGCAGCACGGCAUCACCCGAACUCCGAAUCCUUACUUCUGAUUAGUCACCAAUUCCUUGCCAAGCCAACGUCAUGCUCGUCACCACCUUCAAAUCUUCCACGGUCUUGCUGGCCGCUCUGCUCGCAGGACAGGCUGCAGCCAAAACUGACUUGGCAGGCUGCGUCUCGUCAGCGACUGUUAAAUAUGGUGGCGCUAGCUUGAUCUGGUACGUCCCGGACACGGGUGAGAUCUGCGAGUUUUUGGACUGUGGAGGUGGACGCGCUCCGCCGAAGACAACCGUCCCGGGCUGUGCCGAUUACUCAGGCACCGCUACCUACUCGCCGAGUUUUCUACCAGGUUUUGGUGCUGCUGCAACUGCCAGCUCGUCUGAAAGUUCCGGCCCUGCGUCCACUUCGGCAUCUAUUACGGCAUCCGCUUCUGGCACUGCGAGCGCUUCAUCCUCUAUUGCUACUAUCACGACACCACCUACCACUACUACACUAGGAACAAGCACGAGCAGUGGUACUAGCUCCGGCAGUGAGUCUUCUUCCUCGGCUGGAAGCUCACAAGGAGCUGGGUCCUCUAGUGUGUCUCAGGCUGCAGCAGCUAUGCCGACAGCGGUCGUAAAGGGUGCCAUGGGCGUGGCUGUUGGUCUUGCGGCUGGUGUGGCCUUGUUGUGAGAGGUUUUGGGUGGGAGGUGGCUGUCUUCAAGUUUUGUAAGCUCAACCGGGAUGCUAUUAAUUUUGGUAAUUGCAGAUUAAUAAAAAUACAUCGACCUGUCAUAACCCUUGCGUUAUCAAUCGGUGAACGUGAUUAUAUUUGCGGGUUGAUGCUGUGCAUGGGCACGAGUUGCGCGGGGUCUAGUCGCGAUCAAGGCUGGUACCCUUCACGAUGGUUGAUUCGAUUGACGCAGAACGUGACAUUCGAUUCCCUAGCUACGCGAACGGGAAGGGACGCGUCGAAAAGGUUACCUCUAUGCUUGGACGCGUCAUCGUGGCUGGAUGGUUUGCCGCGAUUUAACCUGACACCUGCCACGCGCCACACUAGUGGGAUAACUACCUAGACAACCAACACAAGGCAUAUAAUGAAUAACUAACUUCUAUCUUCCAAGAAAUCAGAACCGGAUCGGGUGUCUUGGUCUAGUGGUUAAUUCCAUUGGAUUCCAACGCUAACUAAUAUCCAGGCAAAACAACUGCGGUCGGUGACGAACGGACUACGGACGUACAUACGGACAAGAACGAACGGACGUACAUCUGACGAACAAACGUACCUACUGACAGACGAACGUACUGACUGACUGACUGACUGACUUACAGACAGGCGGGAGGGCGGGCGUACUAACAAACAAUAACCCAGACGACCAGUGAGUA